UUUUCCCCCGCCCUCCGGCCCCCUGCCCAUUCCGCCCGGGCCCGCGUCCGUCACCUUCUCCUUGGCCUUCUGCCCCUCGCCAGCCGCCUCCCUUCCUCCUCCCUCUUCUCCCUGUGAGCCACUGGUGGCGAUGACCACCCGGCCCGCGCACGGGACCGAGCCGGGCCCACUGCAGGCGGUCGGUCAAGCACACCGGUCGGUCUUGCGAGCAUGCCUGGCUGGACUUCCGCCAGGGGACGGCCUGGCGAGCGUGUUUGACCUGCUCCCGGUUGAGGAUCUCCUGACAAAGGACAGCCUCCUGCUGUUGCUUCCCUCGGGCGGGUUCUUGUUGGAGCAGGCAUGCUUGGCCCUUUUGGCGGCCACCAUCCGCCUGUUGGCGGAAGACCAGUCGCCGAUGGUGCCGCCUGCGCCUGGCGCCAUGGGGUCGACGUGCGAUUUGCGCUCCGAUGGCCAGCUCAAGCUCCUGGGCUUCCUCCUCGGGGCCGCGCCCCCGGUCGACCUGCAUAACCCGGCUAAUCCCUUCACUCACUGGGACGGUGCCCAGCUGCUUGCAGCAAUUGCCCUCCUUUCGCACUCGGCGUCUGUUGCUCAUGCUGCCUCCCUUCCGCCGGGGAUCUACUCGACUUUGCACUUCCUCUUCAAAUUCCUCUUCGCAAAUGCCCCCGCCCGGGCUGAUGAAGCUACCGCUGCGAUGGCCAAAAUCUUGCUCACCUUCAGGAAUCUGGUGUCCUGUCGCCUGGUUCAGGCCUACGAUCAGCUCAUCGAGCUGGUGGUAUUUAUCCUCCAGGAUGGCGCGUCCGACUCGUCGGCCACCACGGACCCCUUCAUCUGGGGUGUUCCGCUGCCAGCAGGCUUUGCCUUCUCGGCGGACACCAAGAUCCUGGCUCUGGCCCUCCUGCGGUCGAUCUCCUCCACAAUCCUGUCGGAGAUGUUUGCCGGCGAGCUGAUCUCCUCGGUUCGCAUCAGCAGCCGCCUGGCCAAGGUGAUGUUCUUCCUGGAUCGAUCCCCUGAUGCCGGGACCACCCGGCUCUUGACGAUCAUCGCCAUGCUGUUGACGGACAUCGUGCUUAGCUCGUCCGCCAUCUCGCCGUCCUCCUUCCGCGAAAUGACAACAAGCAACGGCUGGCAUGCGAUUGUCUCGCUGUGCGGUCGCCUGGAGCGUCAAGAGGAGCUCACCUCUCCCAUCAUCCUUGUCGAUCAACUUUGGAAGCUGUACCGUGUGGCGCUCACCUUCUUCGAUCAGGACCCCGGACACUCCCGAUCGGGCGAGCCCAUCGGCGCAUCGCCCUCUCAUCAGGGGGAAAGUGCUGUCAAUGCCCUGCUCCCAAUUCGGUGCAUCUUCUCGGUUUUCAAGCAGGCGGCCCACACAUGCAUCCAGCUGCCCAUCCUGGCCCUGCUGGCCAGUGCAUCUCGCCAGAGCAACUUCAGCCUGAAUGUCCUGCCGCCGGAGUACAUCGUGUCCAUGCUCUUCGAUGGGGUGGCCCUGCUGGACCUGGAGGUCCAGGAGAAGGCCAUUCGUUUGGCCAUCUCGCAAUCCGAGAACUCCAUGGUGACCCAGCCCCACUGGGCUUUUGCGCCAUUCUGCGCCCUCUUUGACAUCAACUCGCCGGCCUUCGCCCCCGCCACCGCCCUGCUGGCUCUGCGCAUCUUGCGCCAGUGCCUGGCCGACAAUCACCACAUGUUCUACUCGCUCAUCGGGCAGCCCAUCAAUCAGACGGUUCCGGCGGCCCUGCUGGCGGCCCUCCUUUCAAAUGUGCUGGCCACUCCGCCGGCCUCCUUCGCGGAUCCCUUUGCGGCUGGCCUCCAGGAUGCGGCCGCCACCUCCGGCCAUCCGGCCGUCGUGGAGAACUUCCUGGCGGUUUUGCACAAUGCCGCCCUCGAGCCGCAGUCCCUUGGCACGUCGCUGUCCGAGCCUUCGGCCAGCGCCCCGGGCCCGGGCGGGGCCACCCCCCUGGCCGAUGCGCGGACCCAGCUGCAUGUCGGGUUCCUGGCCAAUCGGUCUCUCAUUCGCCGGCAUGUUGGGGCCGCCCUGGCCGGGGCCGGAGCCGACCCGGCGGCCGUUCAGCGCCUGGCCCAGGAUCUCAGCUCCUCCCUGUGGGCGGAGCUGGUGAGUGAGGUGCUCCAGGUGCUGACCCUGCUGCGGCUGCUGCAUGGGACCCUGGAUCUGUCCGGGCAUCGGGCCAGCAUCGUCGGCCUGCUGGAUCUCCUGCAUCUGGCCGGGUCGACGACGGACUCGGCCGAGGUGACCGUGUCGCGUGAGUGCAUGCCGCACCUGCUGUGUCUGAUUGAGCACCAGGCAUCGCGAAGCUCCGACUCGGACUGCCUGCUGGUGGCCGGGCUCAUUCGGAUUAUGUUCUGCACGGAGCCAAGCCGGGCCCCGGUGGCUGAGACCGAGCGCGGCUUGUCGCCGGACCGGCACCCUGCGGGUGCCCCGUCGCCGGACUUGCGCGCGCCGGGCGAGGUCGUCACGCACUUGGAGCCCGUCCAGCCGCCGGCCCUGGUGGUGGACGGGUGGCUGCAUCCACGGGCCUUGAGCCUGCGCACGGCCGUCUGCCGGUCACUGACGCGCAUCGCCGUGGUCAAUGAGCGAGCCAAGGCCUUCUUCUUCCACAACUUUGGCUUUGACUUUGCCUUUGCCUUUGUCAAUCACAUGGCUGUGGCUCUGCGCGCUGAGUAUGCCCCAGUUGCCGAGGGCGGCCCCGGUGCCGACCGGUCGCCCGGCACGACGGUCCCCGGGGAUGUGGUGGACCUGCUCAUUCAUGUGCUCUACAUGUUGUCGGAAAAUUUGAAGGCCAGCUCGGACCUGUCACCAGCGGCGGCCUCGCUCUACCGGGAGGACAUCCGCCAUUCGGGCCGGGCGGCGGCCUUCACCGAUUCGCUGGCGGCCGUGUGCCAUCUGAUCGAGCCGGAGCGCGUGCUGGAUGUGGUCGAGGCACUGAUGGACAUGGCCGUGCGCCAACGCUGGCCCUUCCUGGAUACUCCGGCUGAUGCGCACAGCCAGGCGGCAGGCGGGGGUCGGCCGGCCGAUGGCUUUGACCCGGAGGCCGACGAGUUGAUCGCCAUGUCCUCUGGCCGGCGGUUGGCUCGGUCACUGGCACACCGGCUGUCCCUGCCGGCUCGCCUUCGCCUGCAGGUAUAUUCGCGCAUGUCGCGCUCGGCCGAGCGCCUGGUCGGGUACUUUGGCCCGUGUGUCGAGGGAUCGCCCAUUGUCCGGGCCGGGUUCCGCUUCUACCUCCAGCGGCAGGCGGCCACCGCCCCGGCCGGGCUCUUCCCCAUGCCCCUGCACUGGAUGUUGGAUCUGUUUGUCGGCCUCCGUGGUUUGGAGGAAUGCCUGGCCCUGGGUGAUGCCUGCAUGGCGGCCAACCGGCCCGGUGCCAGGGCCCACAUGCUCAUCCGGUAUGGGGUCAUGGCGGAGACCCUGGUGGCGCGAUACUUCCCUCGCCGGGCGUCGGGUGCUUUGGAAGCCGUCCGGCGGCUGGAUCUCCUCGAUGGGACCGAUGCCCCGGCUGCUGGCCCGACCGCGGGCUCUCCCUCCGACACCGCGGAGGAGGCUGACAUCGCCAUCGGCGACUUCCGGUUCAAUGUGGUGGACCUCCUUCGGGCUGGCGAUGGGCCUGGCGAUGCCGAGGCGGCGGCCAAUUCGGCAGCCGCCUCGGCCGGUCUCCAGGCGGCCAUUCGCCAUGUGCUGACCAGCCCACUGGCUGGCUGUCCGGCCGGGCUCUUUGCGGACUUCCUCGAGCCCUACACCCUGGCCCUGUCGCCGUCGCUGCACAUGAGUGCCCGGCUGGCCCUGGGCGGGACCGGGCCCGGGGGUGCUGGCAACAGCUCCGCAGCUCGGGCCCGAUCGGCCGGCCAUUCGGCCAGCAAUCCCGGCGCCGAGUCGAGCCUGGCCGCCACGCGGGCGGUCCUGCUGGAACUGCCGGAGCUGGUGGGCUCGGUGGUGCAAAUCCUGUCGAGCCUCUAUGUCGGCAAUUGUCUGCCGGCAUCCGGUCGGAAGAGCGAUCCAUUGGCUCUGAGCAGCAGCCGCUUCGUGUGCACCAAGCUGCUGGUGGUUUGCGUGUUGGAUCAGGUGGCCGUGCUGGCCCGGGCGCACAUCCGCAAUCGCCUGCUUCUGUCGGACUACGGCCUGGUGGGGGUCCUCUUGACAUCCUUCCAGCCGGUGUUCCUCAUGCCAAGUGGUCUGCCGGGGUCGGUGGCCGCGCUGCUGGUGCAGCGCCGCAUCGUGGACCUGGUGGGACGGAUCACUCGGCAUCGUUUGCGGCCGGCCGAGCUGCGCCUGGCUCUGGACCUGGCACACCGGUCGGACUUUGCGCCGGCCACGCUGGAACCACUGCUGGCCAUUUGCGGCACGCGCCCCGGGCAAUUGAGCAGCUGGCCGCCGGAGCCCCGGUUCCAUACGGCCUUCCACCGGCUGGAGGAGGUGCAUCCGACGUUGCGCUUCCCCCUGACCCGGCAAAUCACCUGGCCUCCCCUGGGGCCCGGGGCCGGGCUGGCCUUCGGCAUUUGGUUCCGACUCACCGGUCCGACGGCCGAUCAAUUGAACUCCGGCAGUGUGCUUUCCCUGUUCCAGGUGUCCUGCUGGCCGGCGGCCACCGGGGGGGGGCCCGCCGAUCCGGGCGAGGCUGUCCUGGUGUCGACGUCGCUCCAUCGCCAGGGGAUGGACGUUGCCCUGGCCACCACGCCGCCGGGCGGCCUGGCCGGCGCUGGUCCCGCCGGCGCUGCCGUCCCACUGGCCGCUGCCCUCGGCCCGACGGUGGUUUUCCGGUUCUCCGCGCCGGCCGGCUUCCAGAAUGAUGUUUGGUACCAUGUGGUCUUCAGCAUCGAGGCCGGGUCCGAGGCGUCCUGGCACCCGGAUGUGUGGGUUAAUGGAGUCCGGGUGUUGGUGGCCCCGGUAUCGGGACCUGGCGAGCAGCCGAGCGAUGGGCCGGCCAGUGUGGCCGGCACAGCGGCCGCGGCCGCGGCCGCCGCCGCCGCCGCCCCCGCACCGCGGUAUACCCUCUUCGGGUCGGAGCACACGGAUGCCCAGCUGCUGGCCCCGCCGAAUGUGCUGCUCUUCAAUCGCCGCGUGGAUGGCAGCCUCCCCUGUGCCUUUGAUCUGGCCAGCAUGUAUGCCUUCGAUGAGGCGAUCAGCGAGGCGGCCGCCUUUGUGCUGUACUCCCUGGGGCCCAGCUAUUCGGGUGACCUGUCGGACUUGGGUCGGACGCAAUUGCCGCACCCGGCAUUCGCCAGCGAGGUGCUGCUCAACUGGCUGGCACGCACGAGCAGCGUGUCGAUCGGGUCCCCGGGCACCAUCCCGGCGGGUUCCAUCCACCGGCACUCGCUCGGGGGAGGCUCCGACGCCGGGGCUGGCUCCGGGCCGGGGCCGGCUGCCACCACCGGGCUGGAUCUAUCAUCCAUGCAUUCGUUGCGGGACUUGGCCGUUCUCUAUGGCCAGGUGGACCUUGCUGCGCGAUUGUCUUUCUUCUACCACGCGCGGGAUCAUCGUCUGCAGCAGGCCAUCCCGCUGGCCGGGUCCGGUGCAUCUACCACCGGCGGCGACAUGCCCGGCCCGGGGGCGGCACCGCUGGCCGGCCGGGCCCCAAGCUCGGCAACCGCGCGGACCUUGCUGCUUAACCGGUCCGGCACCAUCACCGGCGAUGUGACCGUGGUCCAUGUGUCCAGCCUGGCCGAAACGCUGAUGGGCGUUGGCGGGGUGGAUGCCAUCCUUUACAUGGCCGGCCGGAUUGCCACUCGGGCGGCAGGCGGGUGUCCGCAUGCGCCGCAUGCCUUCCGCAGCUGCCUGGCCCUCCUGGGGAGUGUCCUUCGGGCGCAUCCGAUUGCGGCGCGGAGCUUCGCCGACCUGCGUGGCUUCGAGUUGGUGGCCUCCCUGCUGCGGGACAUCCUGCCGGCCGAGACCCUGGACGACUCGCUGCUGCAGUUGGUGCUGCUGAUCUGCUGCACGCUCAUUUCGCAGGAGGCCUUCCCGGAUGUCUUCUUCCUGGCCAUCACCGAUCCCGAGCCGGCGCGCUUGCUGCUGCUGGACUGGCGGAUUUGGUCCCGGGCGCGGGUGACCGUGCGCGAGCGCCUCCUGGCCAAGAUCCGCCAGCUUGUGACCUUCCCUUGCAACAUCAGCCCGGAGGCCAGUCAGCCAGCCACCACGGCCUAUGCGCACAGCAUUUCGCUGGCCAAUUGGGACCAGCUCAGUGCGGCCGGUCUGCUGGAUCUGGUGCUGGAUCUGAUUCAAAUUUGCGACGCACGCAGUGAGGUUCCCUUUGUCAGCCCGACCGAUGCCCCGGGCGCCAGUGUCGUGGUGACCAUUCCGGCCGGUGGCCCGGGCGUGGUGGAAGGCUCGCAGAUCGACACCCCAGACGGCCUGGAAUCCGGCGAGUCUCCGCUGAAUCCCGGCGCCCCCUCUGGCUCGACCGCCGGGCCGGCUGCCGAGCCGCCGGGCGACAGUCCGUGGAGCCAGAACUUGCCGAUCUUGACCGAGACCGUCAACCUCCUGUCGUGCUUCCUGAAUUUCCAGAUCACCACCAGUGGCAUCCACGCCAUCGCCGAGUAUUUGAUUGUCUCGCACCAGGACUCGGUCAAGUCCUCGAUCGGCGGGUCGCCCAGCCUCGGCCCUGGGAUUGGGCUCGGGGCCGGGGCUGGCGAUGCUGCUGGCAUUGGCGCGCUGGACCAGCUGCUGAUCGCCCCAUCGGAGCCGUCAACCGCGCGCGAGUUGGUCCUGAGCACGGUGCUGAAGCUGAUGCUGAAGCAUGGCCAACCGGCCAUCGACCAGCUGAUGUUCCAUCUGACCGUGGACAAUGUCAUCACCAUGAUCGAUCACCCGCUGCUGUACACGCGCAUUGCCUUCCUGCAAAUCUUGGACCUUUACAUCCACUUUUCCUCGGGCAUCCGGUCGCCCGUCAGCGGGGGCCGAACCGGCGGCGGAGCCUCCGGCGCCGGGGGAGCCACUGUCGGCGCCGGUGCCGGUGUCUCUUCCGCCGGGGCGGCCGGCGGUGCUGCCUUCGCCGAGGGCAAUCCCCUGGGGUCGGGCGCCGUUUCCUGGGCCGAUGUGAAGGACCACUUUGUGGCCGAGCCGGUGCUUCGGUAUCUGCUCCAUUCGGAUGGGUUUGCGUCGCUUGGGCAUCAGCUUCGCAGCUAUCGAGCCUCCUCAUAUCAGCUCUUUGACACGCUCCUGCGCAUGAUGCGUCAUGAGCCGAUCAACAGCAUCCCGGAUGCCCGAAUGCCGGAGUUGCCGGAUGCUGCCUCGAUUGCCGCCAACUUUGUGAUCCCCGUGCUGGAUCUGCUGGAGUCAGUAACCAUCGCGUCGGAUCGCCCGGCUCCCGGGCCGGGAGCCACCGGCGACGAUGUCGAUACCGGGCCCUGGCCGCCACGCCAUGCGUGGCUCCCUCGCAAUGCGGCGUCCGCCGCCAAUUGCCUGUGGUAUGAGGUGAUCAACAGCAUCAUGGUCUUCUUCUUUGCCCAUCGCAAGCGCUCGGACAGUGUAGACCCCUAUAGUCCGGCUGUGAACUCCAUGCUGCGGGUGAUCUCCCAGCCGGCGGUGUACACCCGCAUUUGCGACUUCCUCGCGUCGCCGGCCCGGUGCUCGGCGGCCUUCGAUUCGGAUGUCCCGCCGAUGGCCAUGGCGCCGCAUGUGCCCUCGAUUCCGCCGCCCAACCCCUCGACCUCGGGCCUGCUGCCACUCACUUCGGUCGAUCCCACAGCGCCGCCCUUCCCCCUGGAGGACUUGGUCCAUGUCAAUGCCCCGCCUUCGGAUGCCCUGGCCGGGGCCGGCUCUCAGGAGGAGUUCCUCCUGGAGGAGCCCGCCUCGACCGAGCUCCCCCGACUGUCGGUCGAGUCGCCGGUGGACACUCUGCCACCGGUUCAGGCCGAAACCUCGGGACCGGCGUCCCCGGUGAGUGGUGCUUCUCCGGGGCCGCGCUCGACGCCGGCUUCGAGCCGCACGAGUCGCACGGCGCCGGCCAGCACCGGCACCGCGCACCAGUGGCACGCGGACUUGGCCAACAUGAUGGAGGCCCCGCCGGCCGCCCUGCCACUGUCCUUCAUGGCCAUCCAGGUGGAGGACUUGCUGGUGCUGUUGCUGUCGCAGAUUUGUCUCUUCCUCUUCCAGCAUGAUGGUCUGGAGGCCAUGGAGCAUCUGUUUGCGUCGCUGGCUCGGCACCAAGCGGCCGUGUGUCGGGGCGAGCUGCUGACGCUCUCCGGCCAACGAGCCGGGGGCCUUUCUCUGCUGCACAUUGCCUUCAUCCAGCGGGUCCUGCUGCUGUUCACCCUGUCCGGGUAUAUGCAGCAGUACAACGACACCCAGUGGAUCUACCUGUGUCGCUUCGUGCUGGACAACAUCUGCUCGACGGAUGGCCUGUUGACUCGCGUGGCUUCGGAGAUCCCGCUGCGAGUGCAGGGCAAUGGCCCGGCCGCAGGUGCUGCUGUUGCUGCGGCGGCCGCGGCGGCCGCGGCCGCCGCCGCCGCUUCUCGGCGCGAAUCGGCCACUCGGCCCCCUCGGCCGCUGUCCAUCUUCCGUCGGUCUCAGGGGUCGGCGGCGGCUACCGCCGCCGCUGCUGCCAGCGCCGCCGCCGCGGCUGUUGCCGCCACUUCGGAGCCCCUGUCUCCGAUGCCGGUUCAGUCGCCGGGCGCCGAGGGGGAGGCUGUCCUGCCGGGGCUCGAGUCUCCCGACACCCCGGUGGGCCGGCAUUCGCCUGGCCCGAGCACGCCCGUGUCCCUGACCGCCGCUGGAGACGACGAGGUUCCCCUGGCCGCGCCCGUGGCAGCAGCCACCCCGGCUCCGGUGCCGAGCCCGGCUCUUGCCCCGGCCCCGGCGCCGUCGGGCCCGUCAACUCCGACCGUGGCCACGCUCGGACCCUUCCCGAUGCCGGUGGCCCGCCUGUACCGCAAGCAGAACAAGCGACUGAUCACCCAGUUCUUCACGUCGCUCUUCAACACCAUGCUCGAUAACAAGAGUCAUGAGGCCCCGAUGGAUGUUCUGCCCUUCUUUGCCUUCGAGUCGGCCCUCUUCCCGAUCAAGACGCACCUGCUCAUCUACCUGCUGAUGCCAAACCGCAGUCGGCAGGUCCACAAGACGGCCCUGCGGCUGCUGCUCAACAACAAGACCGUCAUCGGGCCGCUCAUUUCAAAUGUCCAGUUCCGGCAGAUGAUGCUCUUCCUGCUGAGCCUGAUGUUCGACUCGGAGGAGGCCUACAUCGCCAGCAGCGCCAUGGCCCUCUUCCGGCAUGUUCUCCAGUCCUCGACCAAGGCCGACAUCUCCAUUCCACUGAUGAACCUGCCAACACAGUCGUCGCAGGACAUGGCCGCCCUCUUUGUGCGGAAUUUCACCCCGCUGAAUCAGCCCGAUGCCGCCCUCUCGGUGCGGGACUUCUUCACGCUCAAGAUCCGGGCCGACUUCCAGAAGGAAGACGAGGCCAUGCGUGCCAAGGUGGCCAAGUGUGCCGAGGACAGCCUCAUGCUUCGGGAUCAGGUGCUCCAUGCGUCGAGCCUCAAGCGGCCGGAGCUGUCCCUCCGCCGGACACGCUUCAUCAACGACCACAUGGAGCACACGACAAGCUCCCUGAUGCCGGCCAUGCGCCGGGCCCAGCAGGCCAACCAGGUGGACCACCUUGUCAUGGUCACUUGGGGUCGUGUGGCUGAGCGCAUGGCCAGCCCUCGGUCGCCCUUCGCCACGGUGCCCACGCAGGAACAGAUCGCCGCCCUGCCGCACUAUGACCCGGAUCCCCGGGUCCCGAGCACCCUCCCGGCCCCGGUCGGCAUGUACCAGUGGAUGCUUGAUCGGACCGAGGGGCCAUCACGGGUGCGGGCACGCAUUCGCCCGAGCAACCGGGACUUCCCCUUCCUGGUGACGCGGAUUUCCCUGGCCGAGGCACAUUCCGUGUCGCACGCGGUGGCUUCCAUCACCGCCGAGGAGGAUUCCGGCCAGGAGGACGAUGCGGCGGCCGUCAUCAUGCCGGCCCCCUCGUCUUUGGGAUUGGCCGGCGCUGCGGCCCCCGCCGGUGACCCGGUGGCCGAAGUCCUGCCUCCCAUCACCAAGGACCUGCCGGUGGCCGUGGGCCCGGGCCCGGAUGGCCAGCCAACCGUCCGCCACCUGUGCGCCCCGGUGCUGGUCCCCUCUUCGCGGACCAUCCUGCUGGAGGAGCUGAUCGAGGCGUUGCGCGUGCGCGCGCGCUUGCGCAUCCCCCCGGAACCGGUGGACGUGGACUCCGGCCUGCCGGUGGCAAGUCUGGCGGUCCUCGGCGAGGAUGUCGACACGGUGGUCCUGGCCAAGACUCCGACGGACCUGGCCACCGGUCCCGGCACCCCGGCCGGGCAUGCGGCCACCGGGGACCGGGACUUUGUGCACGCUUCGGCCGCCUCGCCGUAUGCCAUCAUGGGCAUGUCCCUGGAGAAUGUGAUCUUCGGCCCGCUGCCCUGCGAGCGGAUCACCCCCUUCAGUCAGAUUACCGGCGAGCUGCUGAUUCGCCAGAAGUUCCUGGUGUUCGUGCCGGAGCCCGCAUUCUCGGAGGAUGGCUCGGAUGAUGGUCAUGGGGAUGGCGAGGCGGUGGCGUCCCAUGCACGCCGGGGGCCCGGGGCCAAGUCACCACGCGGGCCCAGCCACUUCCCGGAGAACAAGCGCUUCGAUGCGCGGCGCUAUGAUGGGCACUUUUCCCUGCCCUUGGCCGGGGUGAGCGCCAUCUACCGGCGCCGGUAUCAGCUGAAGAACAAUGGGCUGGAGAUUUUCAUGCAAAAUGGCAAGACCUACCUGGUGACCUUCCGGUCGCGGGAAAGCCGGGACGAGGUGGAUCGCCUGCUGCUGGAGCAUGUUUCCCAGCGCGGGGCCGAUGCCGCCCGGCAUGCUGCCAGUGCCAGUCACGGUGGCGGCCAUGGGGGGCUGGCUGGCCCGGCCGGGCCGGGCGGUCACACCGGGGCCGCUCCUCCCGGCCCGCGGGAGCCCCCCCGCUUGAAGCAUCUGAGCCGGCAGUGGGCCGCCGGCCAGCUGAGCAACUUCGACUACCUGAUGCACUUGAACACGCUGGCCGGGCGGACCUUCAAUGAUUUGUCCCAGUAUCCGAUCUUCCCGUUCAUCCUGGCGGACUACACCAGCUCGCGGCUGGAUUUGACCCGGCGGGAAACCUUCCGCGACUUGACCCGGCCCAUGGGUGCCCAAAGUCCCGACCGGCUGGAGCGCUUUGUGCGCAAGUACCAGCAGCUGGAGGACAUGGCCCAGGAGGAAGAGCACAUGGCCAAUCCCGGGGACUUCACCGUGGGCCUGGGCCCGGUGGUGCCGUACCACUAUGGCUCGCACUACUCCAAUGCCGGGAUUGUUUUGCACUUCUUGGUUCGCUUGGAGCCCUUCACCCACCUGUUCCUGAACUUCCAGGAUGGGCGCUUCGACAUCCCGGACCGGACCUUCCACUCGGUCGAGCAAACGUGGCACCUUUCCAGCCGGUAUUCCAGCACCGAUGUCAAGGAGCUGAUCCCGGAGUUCUUCUUCAUGCCGGAGUUCCUGAUCAACACCAACCGCUAUGAUCUGGGCAUCAAGCAGGAUGAGCAGCGUGUCAGCGAUGUCCUCCUGCCGCCGUAUGCGCGGCAUGAUGCGCGUCUUUUUGUCCGGCAGCAACGGGCAGCCCUCGAGUCGCCGCUGGUGUCGGCCAGCCUGGCCCACUGGAUUGACUUGAUCUUUGGCUACAAGCAAACCGGCCCGGAGGCGGUGGCCGCGCUGAACACCUUCCACCCAUUGACCUAUGAGGGCAGCGUGGACAUCGAUGCCAUUUCGGACCCGACGCAACGGGCGGCGGUGAUCACCCAAAUUUCCAGCUACGGCCAGACCCCGGCCCAGUUGUUCACCAGCCGGCAUCCGGGUCGCACGCAUCCCGAUGUGGCGCCCCUGUGCUCGGCAGUGGGCAAUACCUGGGUCAGCAUUCGCCCGGCAUGGGAGCGUGACUUGCUGGCUUUGCGUCUGGAGCACCUGGGCUCCGAGGAGCAAGCCCUCUUCGGCCUGCUGCUGGAGCAGGUCCACGGCCGGGGGACCCUCGGGGGGGUCGGCCUGCCGGCCGCGCGUGCCGGUGGGCUGACCCUGCAGUUGCCCUUCGCGGCGCCCGGAGCCGGGGGGCUGCACUUUGCCCAGCUUUGGUACCAUGAUGCGGCGCAGACGCUGUAUGUUUUGGGGCCUGGCCGGGCGAUGCUGCCGGCGCUGCCGGUGGCCGCCGGGUCUUCGCCCCUGGGCAUGGGCAUGGGCCUCGGCGGCCGGGCGGCCGGUGCCCGGGAGCCGUGUGUGGUUUCCUGGCACCAAUCUCGCGGCCAUGCGCGCGUGCAGCGGGCCACGGAUGCGGCCACGGCGGUGGCACGGCAAACCACGGCCGACCUCCGCGUGGCACAUGCCCUGUCCAAGUACUCGCCCAAUACCCAGGUGGACUUGGCCUUCAUGGCCACCCUGUCGGAUCUUCCGCCGGCGGCGGUGACUCUGGCGGCCGCGGCCCUGGCCGCCAGCGAUCGAGCGACCACCGGCGGCAGCGCCAGCAUGGUCAGCAGCCGGCGGCCGUCGGUGGCCUCCUCGCACCGGGGCAGCUACUACGCCACCGGGGGGCUGGGCAUGACGGUGGGCACGCCGCCGCCCCCGGUCCCGGGGUCGCUUGGUCAGUCGCCCAGCACCCUGUCCCUGAGCUCGCCCAUCGGGUAUGGCCCCCACCACCAGCCGUCGCACUCGCAGUCGCAGGUCCCGAGGCUGUCCUGGAGCUCGGGCACCGGGUCCCUUGGACCCUCGACGUCGGCGGCUUCACUGAUGACAGCCGGCCCCGGGGCCGGGCUUGGGCUCUUUGCCGGGUCGUCGCAUCCCUCAUCGCCGCUGACCAUCGGCGGGGGUGCGGGCGGCGGUGCUGGCUCCGGUGCUGGUAUCGGUUCCAGGGCCAAGGUCUUCCCACUGGUGCCGAUGCCCGGCGGCCCGGGGAGCAUGGUGGAGGACUUCUUCCAAGCCAUGCCACCCGGAGCCGGGGUCAGUGGCGUGGCGGCGGCCUCUCGGCCGAUGGUGUCGCCGGACAGCCUGCGCGUGCGGGUGCUGGUGGACGAGGCCGAGACGGCGGUGAUCCAAGCGGCGGAGGCCGCGGCCGUCGGGGUGCCCUCCUGCCCGGCCCUGUGGCCGCCGCUGAUGGAUGAUGAUGACUUCACCUGCGCGGCGGCCUCCCGGCCGGGGCACAUUCUGGCCACCGGCAGCACUUGCGGCGUGGUCACCGUGUGGGAUGUAACUGGGCACCCGCCGCGUGCCACGAAUGCCGUGGUCAGCACGCUGGUGGAGGCGGCCCGGACGCGCCCUGCGCCACCAUUGCAAAUCCUCCACCGCAAGGUCCCCCUAUCGGGGCAUGUGGACGCGGUGACCUGCGUGCAUGUCUGCUCGGAGUUCAGCUUUGUCCUCAGUGGAGGUGGACCCAUCGACCGGACUUGCUUUGUGUGGGACUUGAAUAGCAUGACAUGUGCACAGACCCUCGGCCCGCAUCCCGGGCCGAUGGUGGCUGUGACGGCCUCCCCCACCACCGGCGACAUCAUUACGGUGUCCGGGCCGCCGGUGGCGGCCAGCCGGGCUGACCGUCGCGCGGCGCUCGACCUCUGCCCGGAAUCCUUCGUCAAUCAAAUGGCCGGGCCCCGGGCCGGGGCCGGGGCCGGGCCGGCCACAACACCGGCGGCGCCGGCGGCCUUCCAGUCGCCGCUGCGAACCCGGGCUCCGGGGCUUGGGCCGGAUCCCCCGGCCUCCGGCGGCAUGGUUGCCCUGUGGAGCGUCAAUGGGGCCCUCGUGGGUGAGGUCGGCCUGGACCUGGCCCGCGAAGGGACGCCCCUCUGCGUGGCCAUCAGCUCGGCUCCCGAGGGGCUAAAUGUCAACCUGGUGGCGGUGGGUUUGUCCUCCGGUGCCAUUCAGCUCCGGUCCUCGUGGGAUCUGUCGUUGGUGCGCGUUUUGCCGCCACCCGGGCUGGUCACCGCGACCACCGGUGCCUUGGAUUCGGCCAGCCCGGCCACCACCCUGACGGACCCGGUGACGGCGGUGACCUUCUCGGCCGACGCGGCAUGGCUCUUUGCCGUGUAUGCCAGUGGCCGGCUGAUGGCCUGGGGCCGAGACCGCGAUGCCAGUGUCACUCCCGCCGGGGCCGAUGGCCGGUCCUCGCAUCUGGGCAUGGUCAGCAUGUUCCCGCAGGCGUCCUCCUUCGGCACGGGCAUUUCGCCCCCGGCCUUCCAAGUGAAGUUGGUGUGA